GCAUCUCGUGGGUCGCGUGCUCCGUGAAGGGCGCUGCUAUCCGACGGAGCCUAGGGUUUUUGUAGACGUCGGAGCUCUUUGCCAUGCACACGAAUGCCUGAGCAAGAUACUCCUUGCUGAAACGGCGAGGAAGUGCGGAGGUCGGAGUGGGCGCAUCUUCGUUGACGCCCUGGAGCCCAAUGCCAGGAACUUUCGAUCGACGAAGGCUCAGCUACGCCGCCUCCCCCGCCGGUGGCACCGGCGGCUGCGCCUUCGGAGGGCAGCCGCCGGCAACACCACGACGAGGGCUACCUUGCACGGCACAGGGGCGAAGGCAUCGCUGAAGGCCGAAGCUUACGGUGGCCUUUCCUGGAGCUUCAAACCCAGCACGGGCAAAAUAGUUUCCUCGGCGGAUGCACGAAAGGAGCAGGUGUCCGUGAUCCGCCUCGAUUCUUGGGUGGGAGCACGCUUGCGGGCACGGGGGCGAGUCGAGGUCUUGAAGAUUGACGUGGAAGGUGGGGAGUGGGAGGUGCUUUUGGGAGCAGAGGCUCUUUUGGUCGAGAGGCGUGUGCUCUGUGUGGUCUUGGAGUACUCGCACUUCUGGGCCGGCGCUAGCACGCACAUCACUUUGAAGGGUCUCGCGCGAUGGAUGUCGGAGAGAGGCUACGACGGCUACCUCGUGGGCAGCCCUCACUUGAUUCCUGUGAGUGGUGUGGACAUGCAGUGGUGGCACGACCUCUACGAGGUCUGCGCAGCACCAGACUCCCGCAUCUACCGUGGUCUGGCAGGCUGGUGCUGGCUCAACGUAGCCUUCGUCCUGCGAGGCUCCAGGCUUGCGCUUGCGGCCCAGAAGUGGCUCCCAAAGAUGGGCGAAAAAGUGUUCGAAGGUGCAAAGGACCAGUGCUACCAAAGAUGA